CGUCAUAUAUCAGUUUAUGAAACACUACCACAAAGGUCCUGCUCCACCGGUGGCGCCCGUCACAUGCACAUGCAAAGAGGAGAUGUCAGCCCUUGCCGAAAAAGCCAUGGCGUCCGGGUAUAAUCUGGACCUGGUCGUACUGGACGGCGUUGUACUGGCAAGGUUCCUAGUUGAUACUAUGAAGAAGGUGAAAACGUACCCCAUCAGAGACGACGACAUCAUCCUGUGUACAUAUCCAAAGUCAGGUACUCACUGGGCGUGGGAAAUCCUCAACAUGAUCGUUGCAGGCAAAGUGGGGUAUACUAAACACUGGCUGAAUUCAGCAUUUCUCGAAUACAGGACUGAAGAGGAACUUGAGAAACUGGCAUCUCCGCGAAUUCUCCACACCCAUCUCCUUCCGAGCCAACUGCCAGAAGCCAUAUGGACGAGUGGGUGUAAGGUGGUGUACGUCAGUAGGAACCCAAAGGAUUGUGCAGUGUCCUCCUUCAGUCAGGUCAGCAAACAAGUCUGGAAAGACAAUCCUUUACAGAAACCAACUUUUUCUGGCUCUUGGGAUGACUAUCUUGACUUGUUUCUGGAUGGUUUCGGAUUUACACCAUGUGGAUCGUACUUUGACUACAGACUUCAAAUGACCAACAUAUUCGACGCUUACAAAGGCUUCGAAGUAUGCAGUGUGCAGUAUGAAGAUAUGAAAAAGGAUUGCGUUAGGGAGACAAGACGAAUGGCUGAAUACCUUGGGCGCCCUCUACCGGAACAAAAAUACAAAGAUAUAUCUGAAGCAUGCUCCUUCAAAAAUCUCAAAUAUGCCAGCGAAACAAUCAAGGAUCAGACGUAUCACUAUAAAUGGCAGGAUGGGUCGAGCGGAUACUUCAGGAAAGUUUCGAGGUAUCUCGACCUCCUGUCACUGCAAAACCGUCAACCAUUUGGACCGAUGGACGCAUGGAUUGAUCACCUCAUUCUUGGACAAGAAACGAUAUCAGAGGUGAAUUCUUCAGAUAAAGAUCACCUAACUCAUGCUCUUAUCAAGCUUGAGAGUGAGCGCGAUCUGCCUAAGGUCAACUUACCGAAGUUCAGUGGUAAAGCUAUUGAAUGGCUUUGUUUCAUCGAGCAGUUUCAUGCGCAAUUUGUCAAGAUGGCCACCCCAGCGGAAAUAGCAAUGGCAGGGGGAAUUCCUUACGACAUGACAGACGAGGACGGAGUUGUUCAAAUGACUAUCAUUGCAGACAGGUUAAGAACGUUGAAGUCUCGUCGACUCCGGGAAGAUGACAUCCUUCUGUGCACAUUCCCAAAGUCAGGCACUCACUGGACAUGGGAGAUCCUUAACAUGAUCGUAGCAGGCAAGGCCAAGUAUACCAAACACUGGCAGAACUCCGCAUGGCUGGAAUACAGGACUGAAGAAGAACUGGAGGAACUGGCAUCACCAAGGAUCCUCCACACCCAUGUACUGCCACGGAAUGAUCCAUGUAUGUAUCAAUGUUCAUACACCCCCCAUGCAUGCAGGCAGCUGCCCGAGUCGGUAUGGAAGAUGGGAUGUAAGGUGGUGUGCGUCUGGAGAAACCCCAAGGACUGUGCUGUGUCCUACUUCUGUCAGGAGAGCAACCAGGUCUGGAAAGAUGACUCGAACGUCACGUGCAGCUUUACAGGGUCAUGGGACGACUUCCUUUCCUUGUAUCAGAAUGGUUACGUUGCGUACGGGUCAAUUUUUGAUUACAUAUUUGAUUGGAAGAAAACAGCAGAACAAUACAGUAUCUGCCAAGUUCAGUUUAAAGACAUGAAACAGAAUUGCGUGAACGAGAUAAGAAGAAUGGCUGAAUAUCUUAACCGCCCUCUUCCGGAGAAAACGUACGUUGAGAUAGCAGAAGCAUGUUCCUUCCGCAACCUGAAACACGCCAACGAGAACAUCAAGGAUCAGACCUACCACUUCAAGUGGCAACAGGGUUCAAGUGGAUACUUCAGAAAAGGAAAAACCGGUGACUGGAAGAACUGGUUCACAGUCGCCCAAAGCGAGAAAUUCGAAAAAAUAUAUGAAUCAAAGCUGAAUAAAUCGUUCCCUACCACGGAGGCGGUCACGAACAAGGAGAUGUCAGCCCUUGCCGAGAGAGCCAUGAAGUCUGGAUACAAUGUGGAUCUGGUGGUACUGGACGGUUAUGUGCAGGCAGGGUUCAUGGUUGAAGCUAUAAAGAGGGUGAAGACGUACUCCAUCAGAGACGACGACAUCAUCCUGUGUACAUAUCCAAAGUCAGGUACUCACUGGGCGUGGGAGAUCCUCAACAUGGUUGUGGCAGGCGCCGUGGGAUACACGAAACAUUGGCUAAACUCGGCGUUUCUGGAGUACCGGACUAACGAAGAACUGGAUGAACUGCCAUCACCUCGAAUUCUCCACACCCAUCUCCCGCCCAGCCAACUGCCAGAGGCCAUAUGGACGAAACGAUGUAAGAUGGUGUACGUCAAUAGGAACCCAAAAGAUUGUGCAGUGUCCGCUUACAGUCAGCUGUGCAGACAGGUCUGGAAAGACAACCCGUUACAGAAACCGACUUACACUGGCUCCUGGAACGACUAUCUUGAUUUUUUUCUCGAUGGCCUUGGAUUUACAACUGGCGGAUCGUACUUUGACUACAGGCGCGAAAUGACCAAUAUAUUCAACACCUACAAAGGCUUUGAAGUAUGCAGUGUGCAGUAUGAAGACAUGAAAAAGGAUUGUGUGAGAGAAAUAAGAAGAAUGGCUGAAUACAUUGGACGCCCUCUACCGGAUCAAAUGUACAAGGAUAUAUCUGAAGCAUGCUCCUUUAAGAAGCUCAAACAUGUUAGCGAGAAGGUAAAGGAUCAGACCUAUCACUUUAAAUGGCAGGAAGGGACGAGCGGAUACUUCAGAAAAGGUGAAACUGGUGACUGGAAGAACUUCUUCACUGUGGCACAGAGCGAGAGAUUUGAUAAAAUAUACGAAGAAAAGUUGAAUGAACCUCUAGUUGUUUGACAUCUGCCGUAAAUAGAUCUUUCUUUCUGAAAUGUAAGUUUCAAACCAAAUAGCAAUACAUAAACUUUAACCUGUGGAUUAGCAGUAAAUAAAAUAAAUCAAGCACA